UUGUCAGGGAGUGGAAUUCUAAGACUUCCUCUACAUAGAACAGUUUAACUUUUGUGCUUCUGGGCAGAGGAAUGGUCCUUGGAACAGUCCUGCUUCCACCCAAUAGUUAUGGCAGAGAUCAGGACACGUCGUCCCUUUGCUGCCUGUGUAGUGGUGAGGUCUCAGACACUGCUGUACCCAACUUGAGAGAUCACUUUGCCAGCUGUGUGGAGGAUGGCUUUGAGGGAGACAAGACUGGAGGCAGUAGUCCAGAAGCUUUACACCGCCCCUAUGGUUGUGAUGUUGAACCCCAGGCACUGAACGAAGCCAUCAGGUGGAGCUCCAAGGAGAACUUACUUGGAGCCACUGAGAGUGACCCUAAUCUCUUUGUUGCACUUUAUGAUUUUGUAGCCAGCGGUGAUAACACACUCAGCAUCACUAAAGGUGAAAAGCUACGAGUCCUUGGUUAUAACCAGAAUGGCGAGUGGAGUGAAGUUCGCUCCAAGAAUGGACAAGGUUGGGUGCCAAGCAACUACAUCACCCCAGUGAACAGCUUGGAAAAACAUUCCUGGUACCACGGACCCGUGUCACGCAGUGCAGCAGAGUAUCUACUCAGCAGUCUAAUCAAUGGCAGUUUCCUAGUGCGAGAAAGCGAGAGCAGCCCCGGGCAGCUGUCCAUCUCGCUCAGGUAUGAGGGGCGUGUGUAUCACUACAGGAUCAACACCACCACAGAUGGCAAGGUGUACGUCACUGCCGAGAGCCGCUUUAGCACCCUGGCGGAGCUCGUGCACCAUCACUCCACGGUGGCUGAUGGGCUGGUGACAACGUUACACUACCCAGCACCGAAGUGUAAUAAGCCCACAGUCUAUGGUGUGUCCCCCAUCCAUGACAAAUGGGAAAUGGAACGAACGGAUAUUACCAUGAAGCACAAACUUGGGGGUGGUCAGUAUGGGGAAGUGUAUGUUGGCGUCUGGAAGAAAUACAGCCUUACGGUUGCUGUGAAAACAUUGAAGGAAGAUACCAUGGAAGUGGAAGAGUUCCUGAAGGAAGCUGCAGUGAUGAAGGAAAUCAAGCAUCCUAAUCUGGUCCAACUAUUAGGUGUGUGUACUUUGGAGCCACCAUUUUACAUUGUGACUGAGUACAUGCCAUAUGGCAAUUUGCUUGAUUAUCUCCGGGAAUGCAGCCGAGAAGAGGUGACUGCAGUUGUCCUGCUGUAUAUGGCCACUCAGAUCUCUUCUGCAAUGGAGUAUCUAGAGAAGAAGAAUUUCAUCCAUAGAGAUCUUGCAGCCCGUAACUGCCUAGUGGGAGAAAACCAUGUGGUCAAAGUGGCUGAUUUUGGCUUAAGUAGAUUGAUGACUGGAGACACCUAUACUGCUCAUGCUGGAGCCAAAUUUCCUAUUAAAUGGACAGCACCAGAGAGUCUUGCCUACAAUACCUUCUCAAUAAAAUCUGAUGUCUGGGCUUUCGGAGUACUGUUGUGGGAAAUUGCUACUUAUGGAAUGUCACCGUAUCCAGGUAUUGACCUGUCUCAGGUGUAUGAUCUACUGGAAAAAGGAUAUCGAAUGGAACAACCUGAAGGAUGCCCCCCUAAGGUUUAUGAACUUAUGAGAGCAUGCUGGAAGUGGAGCCCUGCCGACAGGCCCUCUUUUGCUGAAACACAUCAAGCUUUUGAAACCAUGUUCCAUGACUCCAGCAUUUCUGAAGAGGUGGCUGAAGAGCUUGGGAGAGCUGCCUCCUCGUCCUCGGUGGUUCCAUACCUGCCCCGACUGCCUAUACUUCCUUCCAAGACGCGGACGCUGAAGAAACAGGUGGAGAAUAAGGAGAACAUUGAAGGGGCACAGGACGCCACAGAAAAUUCGGCUUCUAGUUCGGCACCAGGGUUCCUUAGAGGCGCACAGGCCCCCAGUGGGUCCCCAGCACUGCCUCGAAAACAAAGAGACAAGUCACCCAGCAGCCUCUUGGAAGAUGCCAAAGAGACAUGCUUCACCAGGGAUAGGAAGGGAGGCUUCUUCAGCUCCUUCAUGAAAAAGAGAAAUGCUCCCACACCCCCCAAACGCAGCAGCUCCUUCCGAGAAAUGGAGAAUCAGCCCCACAAGAAAUAUGAACUCACGGGUAACUUCUCAUCUGUUGCUUCUCUGCAGCAUGCUGAUGGGUUCUCUCUUACUCCUGCCCAGCAAGAGGCGAAUCUGGUGCCACCCAAGUGCUAUGGGGGGAGCUUUGCGCAGAGGAACCUAUGUAAUGACGAUGGCGGUGGGGGUGGGGGCAGUGGCACUGCUGGGGGCGGGUGGUCUGGCAUCACAGGCUUCUUUACACCACGCUUAAUCAAAAAGACACUGGGCUUACGAGCGGGGAAACCCACAGCCAGUGAUGACACUUCCAAGCCUUUUCCAAGGUCAAACUCUACAUCUUCCAUGUCCUCAGGGCUUCCAGAGCAGGAUAGGAUGGCAAUGACCCUUCCCAGGAACUGCCAGAGGUCCAAACUCCAGCUGGAAAGGACAGUGUCCACCUCUUCUCAGCCAGAAGAGAAUGUAGACAGGGCCAAUGACAUGCAUCCAAAAAAAUCAGAGGAAGGUGCUGCUCCAAGCAGGGAGAGACCAAAAGCCAAACUUUUGCCCAGAGGAGCCACGGCUCUUCCUCUCAGAACCCCCUCUGGGGAUCCAGCCAUUACAGAGAAGGACUCUCCAGGGGCAGGGGUGGCUGGAGUGGCAGCCGCCCCAAAGAGCAAGGAGAGGAACGGUGGGGCGCGACUCGGCAUGGCUGGAGUCCCAGAGGACGGCGAGCAGACGGGCUGGUCUUCUCCGGCCAAGGCUGCAGCAGCCCUCCCAACCACUCACAACCACAAAGUGCCAGUCCUUAUCUCACCCACUCUGAAGCACACGCCAGCUGACGUGCAGCUCAUUGGCACAGACUCUCAGGGCAAUAAAUUCAAACUCUUAUCUGAGCAUCAGGUCACAGCCUCUGGAGACAAGGACCGACCCCGACGGGUAAAACCAAAGUGUGCCCCACCCCCACCCCCAGUGAUGAGACUACUGCAGCAUCCGUCCAUGUGCUCAGACGCCACGGAAGAGCCAAGCGCCCCGACUGCAGGACAGCCCGCGCCAGAAACACAGGAGGGAGGGAAAAAGGCCGCUCCGGGGGCAGUGCCCAGCGGUGGGAAAGCCGGGAGGCCGGUGAUGCCUCCGCCUCAAGUGCCUCUGCCCGCAUCUUCCAUCUCGCCAGUUAAAAUGGCUAACGGCACAGCAGGUACGAAAGUGGCUCUGAGAAAAACCAAACAGGCAGCUGAGAAAAUCUCAGCAGACAAAAUCAGCAAAGAGGCCCUGUUGGAAUGUGCUGACCUCCUGUCCAGUGCCAUCGUGGAACCUGUGCCCAGCAGCCAGCUGGUGGACACCGGCCACCAGCUGCUCGACUACUGUUCAGGCUACGUGGACUGCAUCCCUCAGACGCGCAACAAGUUUGCCUUCCGAGAGGCUGUGAGCAAACUGGAGCUCAGCCUGCAGGAGCUGCAGGUGUCUUCAGCGGCUGCCGGGGUGCCUGGGGCCAACCCUGUCCUUAAUAACUUAUUGUCCUGUGUACAGGAGAUCAGCGACGUGGUGCAGAGGUAGCCACUGUGAGCCUUGUGGGAAGAUGCUCACAGUUCUGAGGGGAGAGGGAGAGGGGCUUGUUUUCCUGUGUUCUUGUUUUCAAAAAAGGAAAGACUGAUACUUGAGUGUGUUUAUGUGAAGUACCUCAGAUCUCUGAGUUCUCACGUUUACAGGUUCAUCUCAAAAAUAACAAAAAGCAAAACACAUAGGACAGGGAAACGAGACGGGGGCGGAGCAGGCGUGGAUAGGAUUGGAAGCUGCACUGGAACAUCAGGGAACGUGUGUGUGUCAGGCCACGAAGAACCUAGUCCAGCCCGCUCUUACCCGGAAUGCUGUGCGGUGGUGACACGGGGCUGCUCUCGGCCAGGCUGCAGGCCCGCACCCGCCCAGGGACUGGCUGUGGCACUCAUUCCGCACCACACACAGGGGGUUGACUUGGGGCUCCAGUAGGUACCAACGGUGAUGACAUGUCACCUCACCUAAUGAAUCGGGUGGGACAGAAGAAGGGAAAGCUGGGAAUGUACCGAGGGACCUUUCCUUUGAGGCUAUUGAGUGCAGCUGUUUCCACAGAGUUCCCUGCUACGGUAGGACGUGCAGGUCAGAUUGCGAGGGUCUGCUCCUGUCCUCUUUGCCGCGGUGUGCUGAUUGGUGCAGGAAGUGAAGAACGCUAGGAAGUAGUCAGGGAGUUGAAACCUCCUCCUCACAUCUCCACUGAUGAGCAGAUGUCACUUCUCCCAGUCCUGCAGGUUAUUUCCUAAUGGACCAGGAUUGGCUUUCUGCUUGCUGGUGCCCAUCUAUUAAUCGUAGGCAUAGGGGUCUCCUUAGUGGUUCCUCUCUGCUCUUUGCUGGGCAGGCUGUCUUUAUCUCUGGCAGCAUUCAGGGCAUUAACCAAUGUGGAUUUUGAAAGUAGCGGUUAUGUACAGGUUCUGUCAGGAACCCUUUUCUGAUACGGUGCCCCUGCAUACCGACCUACUGGACGAGGAAUUGAGCAGCUCCGUAUUUCUUUAUCAGCUAAAAUACCGGACGGGGUGGGGGUCUCUUGGAAUCCCAGUGGCUAGGUCCAGAGGUCUGUGACUGAGAGUUUUCAAGAAGUUGACUUGGUCUCAAUGGCCGUUUCUCUGUACCUUUCUCCUCCCUUAUCACCUUAGACCCAGGCUAGGUAGAGAGCAAGGAGAAACAUUCUCUCACUCUCUGUGGAUUUCAAAUGAAUCACCCCAAAUUAUUCUCUUAUGCUUUUCUCCUUUCACAUAUUCCUCCCCCCUCGUUGCCGUGCUUGCCUGUAAAUAUCCUAUUGGGAAUACUCUUUGAUAUUUAUUUUGCCAUUUCACCUCUCUUUGAAGAAUGCGUAAUUGAAAGGGGAGGUCAUUUCCAGGAAACACUGAUUAAAUCUUAGAAACCUAAUGACUUAACCCCCAAAUAUGUUUUGUCGUUGAAAAAUGGGCCUUUUCCUUUCCUAUUCAGUUAUUAUUAUGGAAGCUAAUUAGGAUCAUAUGGAACUGAAUCAAUCGGUUAGAUGUUACUAAUAUUCUUGGUAUCAGGUCUAAUUUUAACACUUCAUUAUCUUUUUAAAGCUUUACGACCACCAUCCCCCACCCGCCCAAGGAGAACCUGAUACAAAAGAACAGAUACAUUAUUUUUUCCUCCCGAAGGAGUAUUAACUUAGGAAGAUAGGAAUUGAACACUGAUGACCUGUGAGUUUUCUUCCUGGCUUUGUUAUCGAUCUACUGUCAAGCCACGGCCCCAUCUCUUAAUCUGUUAAAUGAAGGUAACACUACGUCUUCUCAAGGGUCUUUUGCAAAUAAGUGUAUAGCUAUCCCUUUGAGAGCCAUUUCAGUGCAGCGUUGUUACAUUGAAUGAUUUUCAUUCUCUUCUUUGCUCAGUAGCAGAUAAUGGAAAUGUUGAACUGCUGAGAUGAUGCUAACUGGGCUAGAAUACUAAGGAGGAAAAACUAUGGUUUGGACAGUUUGUCAUCUUUGACCAAGGAGGAAAUUUAGUUUUCAUUAGAAAGACAGAAAACCUUGAUUCUUCCUGUGGCUGCUCCAAAGGAGGCCCAGGCCAGGAGAAGGGUAAGAAGGGCGGACAGCCCUGGGCCUCUCUGGCAGGGUGUCGGGGAGCUGCGUCCGCACGUUAUGGACAGAUGCAGCACAGGCAGCUAGCGAUUGGGCCGGGCUCCCUGUGGUGCUCGGACGAGAAGGCAGAGUUCCCUUUAACCUGGAUGGAGGCCCACGGUCCUCCCACCCUCCUCUGCCACUCCCCUUCAGCAGUCAUUUCCAUGAACUUGAAAUCGUUUUAGCCAUUAGCCUUUUAAGGGUGGAACAGGGAAAGCUAAAACUUUAGAAUAUUAUGCUGCUUUUUAAGUUUAUCUGUCAUUGUGGGAUGCAAGUUGAGGGGUUAAUUAUAAUUGUGUUUUUUUCAGGGGAUUUUUUUGUUGUUCUUUUAAAGCAAGGGGUCUUUGAGAGCUCUGAAAAGAAGCCUUGGAGGAACACUACUGAGUGUGUGUAAGCUCCCUGGUUUUCUCAACCCAGAACAGUCUUGAGGGUGGGGGGUGGGUACUGUGUCUUACUCAGGGGCAGCACCUGGCUCUGUCUUGCCUACAGUAGGUGCUCAGUAAGUUCAUGAAAUGAAUUGCUUUUUCUCAGCACUGUUGAGAGCAGCAUAAACGAUGGUAGCACAGCCCAUCUACGUGACGCUGGAACUGUGUGGGACUUCAGGGGUCGGGUGAAAGAGGCACUGUCAGCUUACUAGAAGAGGAUCGUUUAGAUUGCUCUUUUUUCCAGUGGAGAAGGACCACAUUUUUAAGAUAACCUUAGGUAAAUUUAAAAGUUUGAAUUCACAGCAGAGAAAACUGCUUUUCGAAACUAAAAACAUAGUCUAGUUUAAAAGCAAAGCCGGGAGCAAGAGGCCUUCUACAAGGUGUUGACAACUCUCUGAAGUGGUUGGUACAUGUGCAGACCUUUGGUCUGGCACCGCUUGAGUCCUUGCACGUACAGAUAACAGGAUUUCAGCUUAGAUUUCUUCCCUUAAAAUGCAGUGUUUUGUGUAGAAUGCAUCUUGAUUGUGCUUUACAGGAAGUAUUUUCUUAAAAGGCUUUGUGUAAAAUUAAAGUGUGUAUAUUUUCCUACAGACUUCCAUUGUGAUUUUCAGAGCUACAGCCUUAAAAAAGAUUGGCCCUAAGAAAUUCAUUCAGUGUCUCUCUAAAUGAACCCCUAUUCAUUGACAUCAUUGGAGUAGAGACCCUUUGCCAGUUGCAUUUUGGGUCUUAAAUUAGAAUUUUCUUACAACUCAAUUGAAAAUGGGCUAGUAAAAUAGUGCCCAGUUAAUAAAACAUGAGGACUUUGCUAAGGUACAGCCGUGUUUAUUUAACUAAAGUCCUGGAGCUUUUGGGUUUUAAAGGAUACAGUAUAGAUAGUGAUUAAGAGUUGAGACUGAAGCCAGUCUAGAACGCAAGUCAUUUAACCUUCCUGAGCCUUAGUUUCCACAUUGGAAAACGGAUAAUAAUAGUAACUACCUCAGGGUUGUUGUAAGGAUUAAAUGAAAUAAUGUAUGUAAGAUACUUAGCUUGAGUGCCCAGCACACGGCGAGCACUCCGUAAAUGGUCACUGCUACUGCUGUUACGAACACUUAGUCUAGUGAGUCCUAGCCAGGGAUGGGCAACAAAAUCCCUGGAAUUUAAAAAACAGUCUGAUGCAUUGGCUCACCCCAGAUCAGAAUUCCCAGUGGGGUGUGGUCUCAGCUGAGAAUCCCUCUAGGUGUUUUAGAUACCCAGCACUGUCUGAACACUAUCAGGACCCCAACCCUUUUCUUCAUAGCUUCAGAAAUUGGAAGAGAGGAUGGUGACGUUACUUGCCCAUGGUCUCAAGUUAAUUAAUGGCAGAGCCAAGGCUAGGGUUCACGUCUCUUGACUUUCUGGUUGUGGGGUUUUUCCACCCUUCCCGCUGCCUUGUGAGACACUGCACAAAAAAAAAAAAAAAAAAAAAAAAAAAAAGGGGCUCAGCUAGACAAUCAGUCUGCACAGUGCUGCACACUUUGUAGAGCACACGCUCCUGGCACUCUCGGACCUGAAGGGGCUGGAAUGUUGAGUAAUGGCAACACUAGCGAAGCAGGCCUUCAGUAGAGCUCAGUAAUUUAGAGAAAUGUGUGGGGUCAUUCUUUUGGACAGACCCCAGCAACAGAGCGGUAGUCUGCACUUUGUAAUAAAGAAAUACCAACUUGAGUUUUAAAAAACCUAGUCCUACAUUCCUUUUUCUUAAAAACAAAACAAAAAACAAAACUUUAUUCCGCAUCAUUUUAAUGACUAUGAGGUAAUGUAUAUGAAAGCACUUUGAGAAAAGUAUCAAAUGUAAUUUAACUAUAAGGUUGUAUUGUUACUGUCUAUUUAGAAGAUCAAGCAGUCGGUUAGAUGCUGAUUGACCUAAUACGCUUUUACCUGUGGGAGACCGGAAAAUGCAAAUACAUAAAUAAUCACCCCAUGACUGAUCACGUUUGUAAAUAAGAAACUGCUCAAUGAACGUGUGCAGGCAGAGUAAGUGUUCUGCUAAAAUAGUAGCUCAGCCGAAUACCUUCAGAAAACUACGGACCAACUUUCUGGUUUAAUUGUAAUCAUUAAAAAGUGGUAAUGUGCACUCCAAAAUCAUGAAGCUCGUCCGGGGACCUUGACUCAGGAAGGAUCUAGGCCCUUUUACCCUUGACCUUUUUUCCACGGUGUGUUCAGCCAGUUAGCAUCCUGACAUGGUGGGCGCAGACUCGCACCUGUUGACGUUGACGGUGUCUUUUUAACCAACAUCCAGCGUGGUUUUGUUGGGGUCUUUGGGAGGGGCGGGCAGGGAAGGGAUCGGAUGGCCGUAGAACCAGUGCACUUUGGGAAUUAGUUUUCUAGGAUUUCCUGCCAGUUAGAAGUGAGCUUGACAUUCAUCAUCUGGGUGUGUGUGUGUGUUUCUAAAAAGGGUAGGUAAACACAGUUUGCCUAUUAGAUUAUGAAAUACCCCAGAGUAAAUUGCAUUGGUGGCCGCUUUUGAGUUGUAGCUACACUGCAUUCCGACCUCUCCCUUCCAGUUUUUGCUGUUGAUGUCAUUGUUCCGAUCAGGCCGUGCCUCCGCAGGAGUUCACAUUGGGCUGACAGGGUUGUCUACGUUUUCGUUCAGAACAAUUUUUGGGUUUCAUCAUCUGGCUUGGCAUUAACUUGUUUUACCUUGAUAUGGGUCCAUCUCUGUGCCCUAAGCAUUUGUCAUGACCAGUUUUCUUAUGUAGGUGGGUCUCUGGAUGUAUGUUUCUCUUAUGAAUUAAUGGACCCCCCAGCCGUCUAUAUCUCUGUCUCAGCUUCUGUCAAGCCAGUAGCUCAGUUCCUUUGUAAAUGUCUGCUCUGGUUUGGGAUGUAUGGGAGCCUGUACCCUUCUGACAAAGGCAGCCCCACUGAUGCCUGUUCCUUCCAUGUGACAACCCAGGAAAUCGCUGCUGGCCAUUAGCCUCACUAGUCAGAGAGGAGAGGCCUGGGGCUGGUUCUAAAGCUUGUCCCACUCUUAACAGUCAGGAUGAUUAAAUCUUUUGGAUAGAGUUCCAGUUUUCCAGCUGCCAGAAUUUAAAAAUUCAAAUGCAAGGCUUGCUUUUUUGGGCAAGUGCCUGGUGUAACGAUUGUUAUUAUCUGCCCCGUUACCGCCAGAACUUCACUGCCAUUCCCUGUCCUCCUGUAUUGCUGGAAAGUGUGGGUGGAUUUCCGGGCUGUGCAGUGGGCCACCUGUGCAGAGCGUCUACCCAGGUGACUAAAACAGUGUCCAAGCCUGUCUCGCUUGGAGUUUACUGCAGUGUUCAAAAGAGGAGUCUGUGCUCUGGGGCUGCUGUUUCUCGUGCUGUACGGCAGGCGUGGGUUUCAUCUCGAGAUAACGUGUAAGGCAGUACUUCCUUCCUUUCCGACUCUGUACCCAGGAGCAGGGCGUUAGGGAAGGCUCCCUCCAUGACAAUGAGGGUAGGAAGAGCGCAUGCUUAUAAGCUGGGUGAGGAGUCCCAGGCAGGUCAUCUUGGUUCUAGGACUUGGCAUGGUAGAGGUGACUCUGAGGAUUGUGCCUUCAGAGAUGGGCUUUGUGCAUUUUGCGGAGGAAAGACUUGUAAGCUGGGUUGAUGGUGCACGAUUAGUGAGCUAGAAGUGGUUAGGUGAGUGGCGGUGGCUCAGUGCCCCGCUCAGUGAGAGUCCCUGCUUGAGAUGCCCCCCCCCAUACAGGGCGCUGAGGUGACAGACUGCACUUUUCUCCAUCCCGCCUGGUGAGCCGGGGGAAGCCUGCUCUAACUGGACCCUUCCCUCCCUCCAAGUGCGCUGCUUUGCUCUUAUGUACAAUUAUGAAUUUUAAACUGUUUACCUCUCUUAGAAAAAUUACAUCCUUUAACUUUCCCAUCAUUGAGUACACAUGCUGAGCACAGUAGCAAGGCCCUGGUAACAGCCCAAGGGCACCGAUGGCGUGUGAACAGGUCUACACUGCAGACCAUCUGAAGGAAAGGGUGACUCCUUUAAGACGAAAGCUUAGGCUCCACUUCGUCCUCGGACCGCACCCCAUACGUGCCCUCUGUGUCUGUUCUGCGAAAUCUGUUCAUCAUUUUACUCAGAGGAGCGUUUCUGGGUCCUGUAUGUGACUCCAAGCUACUAAGCUGUCCAUACAGGGCUUGAGGUCUGGGAGUAGUCUAGUCAAUUCUUUAGGACAUGGUGGAGGUGAACUGUCCAAUGCUAGUGGGCUUUAAGAAAGGAAAUAGUUCGUAUCGUGGAAGCUUGCUUAUUAGGUUUGUUUCUGAGCCUCAGGAUAGGAGUUUUAAAUCAUGUAAUUAAGCACCAUAAACUUCAGUUGGAGAAUGGGACUUCUAGUUAAUAAAAUUUUCACAUGUAAGGGUAGUUUUCAUUAGUUGUAACACAACAGUAACACAGGUAUGCCAAAUAAAUGUAUUCUUGAUUCAGAAGAUGUUGCGGGGAUCCUGGAGGGCUUUCGUGUCCUCACUGGUGAAUCCCAAAUACUGUUCUGCACAAUUCAGAAGUACCAUACCAUGUGUUGAGAGUUGGCAAGAAUGCCAAGAGACCGGGAUGUUUCUGGUAGAUGAAGGCCAGCUAAGCCAGCCUGCCUCCAUUUUGACAAGCCAUUUUUCACUGUGGCCACUGUUCUUGGGAUUCCGUUAUAAGAGAAAUUUUCUGAGAUCUUGAGAAAUCACCUUGAUUAGGGUGAUUGUUCUUCAGAGAAAUUACUAUUCAGAAACUAGAAAGGACAAUGAAAGACUCAUCAGAGUUCUUUAGGGCGUAUGUUUGAAAACCCUCAUCUCUCAGAUCUGCAUAGAGGGUACGUGUUCUGUCCACAUUCUGUACAGACACCGUGGUCGUGCUGAGAAAGGAGGGGAGUGGGUGAAAGAGGACUUACUCAGAUCUUCCCUGUGGUGAACAGAAGCUGGGCCCUGGUUUGGUGUGUUGGCCACGAACAGGCUGACUGAGCUGUGUGCACGUACUCAGAACCCCCGUCUCCUGGGUAGACCCCACACUCUUCUUUCUUGCAAUCUGAUUCCGUAAUGACUAUCCGUGGAGAAACCCAGUUUUAUGCUUGCUUGUCAAAACUAAGUUUGAACAUGUCAUGGUGGUUGACAAAACUUUGUCAAACUAAGUCUUUAAAACUCAUUUAACGUUUAUACCAAAGGUCACGCUCCGCAGGUAUAUGCGUGGUGGGUGCACAGGGGGGUGAGGCCUGGGGGCCUGGCACUGUGUGCGCCGCUGAGGGGACACAGACAAUACGGGAUUUCAUUGAAAACACAUCAGUCGUGGGUCACACUACCAAUGUUGUCAGGUAUUUGUUCUUGUAAUAUAUUUUCAGGUGUUUUGUUUUUCUAAUUUAAUUCUCUCACCCUGUUGUCUGACUGUGAACUGCUAACAGUGUUAAACUUGAUGUAAAUAAAUGAGGCCCUUGAGAGGGGAACGCUGUCUGCCUGUUGUCUCACAAGGCUUGCCAACUUGUGUUUUAUUUUAAAUAAAGGUUGCAAUAUUUUAUUGGCAAA